AUGAUGGCCAAAAUUCAUUGUGAUCAGCUUCAACAGCUCAAGGAGAUAUUUAAUCAAUUCGAUAUGGACCAGGAUGGCAGCCUUACGCUGCUUGAGCUAGCAGCCCUCCUCCGAUCCCUCGGCCUUAAACCGGGUGGUGAUCAAGUCCAUGUCCUAUUGGCUAAAAUGGAUUCCAAUGGUAAUGGCUCCAUAGAAUUCAACGAAUUGGUCGAUGCCUUAUUGCCUGACUUGAAUGAGGAGGUUUUGCUCAACCAGGAGCAAUUAUUGGAGGUUUUUCGGUCUUUUGAUCGCGAUGGAAAUGGCUAUAUAACCACAGCAGAGUUGGCCGGUUCAAUGGCAAAAAUGGGACGCCCCCUGACAUAUCGUGAGCUAACCGAGAUGAUGCAAGAAGCAGACAUGAACGGCGAUGGUGUCAUAAGUUUCAAUGAGUUUGCCAGCAUCCUCGGAAAAUCUGCUGGCGAAUACCUUGGACUCACUGUGUCCUAA